AAGUCUGAAACUCGAAAUGUCAGAGAAUUUUUCAAUGAGUGUUUGAUGUGUUGGAGUUUAUUUAUUUUAUCCAUAUUUUAUUGUGUUAGAAUUGUGCAGCCUCAAAAACGAACAUGACCUCAUUCGACACGAAAUACGACAUGUACCCUGCGGGGGACGUGGGAGUUGUGGAGGGUGAGAUGAACAUACCCUCAAGAGGCAUACCCUCCGGAGACAGCAUGGAAUUCAACACUCUUGAUGAACCUAUCAAAGAAACAUUUCUGCGAGAUCUGAGAGCAGUCGGGAAUAAGUUUUACCAUGUACUAAUUCCUAGAGAGAAGACUAGUUUGUUAAAAGAAUGGGAUCUAUGGGGCCCCCUCUUGCUCUGUACUCUGAUGGCCACCAUCCUACAAGGCACAGAGGUAGCAGACAACACCAAUGACGGUGGCCCAGAGUUUGCAGAAGUAUUUGUAUUAGUAUGGAUUGGAGCUGCCGUUGUCACAUUAAACUCUAAAUUGCUGGGUGGUAACAUUUCGUUUUUCCAGUCAGUAUGCGUGCUGGGCUACUGCAUGUUCCCGGUGGCGCUGUCGCUGGUGCUCUGUCGCGUCAUACUGUUUACUACACAGACCACGUUCCUCUUCUUCCUCAGGCUGGUCAUAUCUAUGGUCGGCUUCAUCUGGGCUACGUUUGCCGCGACGAAGUUCCUGGGAGACAGCCAGCCUGAAGGCAAGAAGGCGCUGGCAGUGUACCCCAUCUGCCUGUUCUACUUCAUACUGUCGUGGCUCGUCGUGUCACACAGCAACGUCUAGGCCAUAGACAAGCAUUUAUUGUGAUACAGACUCUUUAGUGUAAUUGUGAAUAUACGUUAAUUAAGUGCAUCACUCUUGACUGUAACUAAUGUAUUUAUUCAUAAAAAUAAACUACGUCAUCGAUGUUUAGUUCUUUUGGAUACACUUACUCGUAUGGUAUAUGGCACAAUGUUAACAUUCCAGUUUUAGAAACGUUGACUCGAGUCAAUCAUUCUUUUACUAAGAUUGUAGAUGACCGUUUUUGUAUAUAUUAUCAAUUAAAAAACUAUUUUCCGUCU